AUGGCAGCACGACCGGGAGAAGAUCUGGCUGCGACACUAUUCGCAGAUAUCCAUUACUACUACGGUCCGCCGGGCGCUAAACCGCCGCAUCAUCGCUUCGAUAAGGGCUCGUACGUCUACCUAUUCGAGAAUGCGUCGCAGAGGAGGGCGCGCAUAGAAAUUGCGAAUAAUGCCGGGACGGCGGAGCAAGAUGCUUUUACUGGUCAUCUCGAUGCCGCCCAUGUGCAAUACUCCUACAAGCACUCUACACUCGUCACCUUAACUGUAGAUGGAACUCCAAACCAGCGCAACUCACCUAUCGAUGGCCAAGACUGGCAUCUGCCAACUUUCGAUCCCCACAAUGAGAACAAGUACAUGUACAAGCUCCACACGCUGGACAUAUAUUUCUGGACAAAAGAGGAUGCCGUGCUAUUAAUGAAUGGGAUCAGGAGGGUCUUACCCCAACAUCAGAUCACUGUUCAGGAUGAACCGAUCACACCGCCUCCUCACCCAGAGGACAUGAGUCCUGUGGUCCAGAAGCUCGAGAAUGUAGCUAUCACGGAUCCUUCGUAUCAACAAGGUCGGACGCGAGAUUCGAGAACGACUACUUCCAGCGCUGGGGGUGCUCCGUCAUUUCCUGGACCUCCAAUAUCAGCUACGCCUCAGAGUCAAGAAGCUUCGAGUUUCGCGCCGCUGGCUUACAAUCCCGCCGCUCCAGCUGCGCCAGAAGCUAUCAGACAUAGGGAGAAAACACCACCGCCUGAAGACGGAGCUGCGAAUCCGCUUGUAGCAGCUGCUGCCUCUGACCGAGAGCAAAUAUUCGGCGCACCGCCGUAUGGACAACAAGGAUUCUCCGGGCCACCUCAACAGCGUAUCCAGCAGCAACAGCAACAAAGCUAUUUCUCCCAUCCUCCUCCACCAGCUAGCGCUCCUCCCGCGUCAGUCCAACCACCAGCCCAGUAUCCGAACCAGUCGCCACAGAAUGUCCAAUCGCCAUAUGCGCAACACUUCCAGAACUCGUUUGCGCCGCCCCCGACUGCACCUACAGGAUCAAGUCCUUACGCGCAACAACCACAAGUUGUCUCCCCUCCAGUUUCAGCUCCCCCUCCACCGGCAUACCAACAGCAACAGCAACAUCAGCAGCCACAACAACACCCCCAACAACAAGCUAACAUCCCCGUCACCCAAUACGCCGCAUACCCUCUCUCCCCAGGCCUCUCACCCUCCCUCUCCACGCCGGGAAUCUACUCCCCAGGACCGAACCCUCUCUCCCCCGGCAUAAGCGGACCUCCUCCACCGCAGCCACACGUCGCUCCCCCGGGCGGCUUCUCGCAACACCAGUACAGCAACAGCGGUAACACGAAGCCGCUGAUGACGGACUACAGUAUCCAUCAGCAGGUGUACCGACCGACGGAGAAUGAGGCCUAUAAGCCGAAAAAGGAGGCGAAGCCGCCGAGGGGGAAUCUAGAGAAGAGGGCGGGCCAGUUGGAGAAGGGGUUGGGGAGCAUGUUUAAAAAGAUUGAGAAGAAGAUUGGUUAG